CCGGGCAAGGGCAACUACAAAUGGAAGUGCAGGUACUGCGAACAUGUCUUCCCGGGCACUGCGCUGCGGUAAGCACUUCAUGUCUACGACGAAGGGGCCAAGAUGUAACAUGGCGAGGGUGAGCAGUAGGCUGUCGGCGGAGGAGAAAGAGAGGAGAGAGUUGGGCCGACUUGAGGCCAUUGCUCUGGUCUUGGGAAAGCGGCAAGCGCAUGAGGAUGUUGAUGAAUUUGAGGAAUGUCGUUCCCAAGAGAGGGACGUGGAUGAGCAGGUUGUGGGGGAGGAGGACGAGUGCAAUAGCCCAACCUCUCCGCAGGCAAGUACCCAAAAGCAGCCAAACAGCACGCGUUCAUCCAACAUCCGGGCGCGGCAAACUACGCUCGAAGAGGGUGGGGCAAUCGUGUCAAAGAACGAGGAAGCCCAACACUCAACUGAUGAUUGGUUGGUGUUUGAUCGGAUCCCAUUCACGAUGGUGCGCAGCAAGUACUUCUUGCGGAUGUUGCAGAAGGUUCGCGAAGCGGAACGGUCCUUCAUCCCUGCGAAGUACGAUGUGCAGCGAACGAAGAGAUUGGAUGGGUGGACGGAUCAGAGAGGACGACCACACUUGAAUGUGAUGGUCUCCAACCUGACCGGUGUGUUUUUUUGGAAAUCCCACUGCAUGUCGGGAAAGGAGAAAGGAUCAGAGGCGUACUUCAACAUUCUGUCGCAGUCAAUCAAGGAGGUUGGCGAGAAAGCUGUGGUCGGUGUCAUCAUGGACAAUGCGGCCAUGUGUGCAAGAGCGGGAAGGCUGGUAGAGGACACAUUUCCCACCAUCUUUCAUGUACCAUGCGCAGCGCAUUGUCUGGACCUCAUGUUGCACGACAUCGAUCGGACCGAUUGGGUGAAGGAGGUUGUGGGAAAGGGCAAUGACGUGGUGAAGUUCUUCAUGAACCACCAGCGCGUACGUGACACCUUCUAUGUGCACUCCGGUGGGAGGCAACUAUUGCGGCCAGCUGCAACACAGUUCGCUACAACUUUUCAUAUGCUCGACCGCCUAAAAAAGCAACGCAAUGCACUGGUUGCCAUGGUCAGUCAUGAUGCUCGUUGGAAGCCGACCGUCGUACCUCAUGCGCAGCGCGACACAUUCCACGAGAUGGAGGAGAUUGUCCUUGAUGGAGCGGGCUUUUGGGAGGGCAUCAACAAAGUUAUCUUCGCUGUUUAUGACAUUGUCCUGCUGCUGAAGGUGGUGGACGGCACUGGACCCACCAUCAGCAAAUUAUAUGCGAGGAUGGACAAGGCAGUGGAAAGAUUGCGGGCCAAUCCGAAAUUGCCAAAGGAUGAGCGGGAGGAUAUCGAGGAAAUGAUCAUGCGCCAAUGGAAUGCGAUGACCACCCGCCUGCAUUGUGCAACAUUGUUCUUGGAUCCGGAGUACCGCUCGUGGAAUAUGUACCUCUUUGGUACCUUGCAGCAGAUGCCCGAGAUGGGCCAAGAUGUGAUUGACUGGGAUGCCCUGCCCACCGAGGAAGAGCAGAAGGAGCAGGCUGAGCGGGCGAAGUUGGCUGAGCGCAGAUUGAAGCGGAUCGAGUCGAGAGGGGAGGAUGCUGCUCCACCUCCAAAUGAAGGGGGUGAAGAAGGCGGGGAUGAGGCUGCUGAUCUUCAUCGUGAGCCAUGUGAGCUGGAUGCCAUCGAGGAUGGGCACGCGGAAGACUGGAGAGGAUUAACGAAGGCAGGCAUGUAUAUGGCCUCACGUUCGCAUAGACAAGCGCGCAAGAAGGCACGGUCCUUGGGAACAGCAGAGCAUAUGCGCAAGCAUAUGAAGAGAGGUGGUGUAGCAGAUCCUCGUGCUGCUGCAACCGCAGCGCAGGUUGAGCAACAAGAAAAACGCGGAAGAGGCAGGCCGCAAAAAUACAACGUGGCCCCCGAGAAUGGAGAAGCUUCGAAUCUGGCUGCUAUAGAGGAAGUUCAGGAAGAAGGCACAAAAAGCCAAGCAGAUGCAAAGGAGUGCAGCAACAGCGACAACGAGGAGGAGAACGAAGGAGAGGGGGGUGGUCUCCAACGAAAGAGACGCCGAGAUGGAGGACAAUCUGAAGAGGCCGCUGGUGUUGCUACAUCUGAAUAUGGCACAAGUGAUGAAGAACGCCCUAUCGAACUGUCGGCGUUGCCGCUUGAGGAGCUGGCACCGGUUCCUGCGCUCGUCACAGUUCCACUUGCUCUCGACAUGAGGACUGUGUUAGGGUGAGAGACUGGGACUGCAGCAGGUCGAGGACUAGGAGGCCGGGGGGCAGUCAGUUGGGACUAUUUGAGGCUGAAUAUCUCAGCUUGCAACUCUUGGUUCCGCUGCUCUAGAGCUGUCACGCGGGACUCGAGAUCUUCCAAGGUCCACAGUUGAACCAAGGCUGCUACGGCAGCAACUAGCUUCUCUUGGAACCGGUCAUCACUAGAUUUCGAAACCUCGCGGAGGGCCACUUGUGUAGCAAUACUUGCGGCUUUGGCUGCUACCUCUGCCUCCCUCUCUCUGUGCAUUGCGUCCUCGUAAAGUUUCUGACAGAAAGGUUUCUCGCUCUCGGCCGCUGCAUCCAACAUGGCCUUCCAUUGCUCGGAUGUGAUGUCUGCCAUGCUGGAGGAUGGGGUAUCAGUAGAUCUCUCAAGAGGGGUCCGCACUUUGGUUAUGUUUGGACGAACUCUCCUCUUACCCCUCCUCACACUCUCAAAAAGAAUACCUUCACGCUCCCUUCUCUCUCUUUCCGCUUUCUGUGCACGCGUCUCGAUGUUGGACAUAGGUAGUUCAAAUAAAAGAAAAACAAAUAAAUCACAAAGAG